AUGGCUCUUCUUGGCCUUUCAGGGUUUGCAAGCCCUACAGCCCCUUUCUAUCUGACUCUAUCAGUGUGCGGGCUGAGUUUGGCAUUGAUCGCCCUCUACUACAUCGGCCACAUCAUAUACAAUGUCUACUUCCACCCCCUUUCCAAAUACCCAGGUCCAAAGUCCAUGGCCGCCACACGUUUACCCUACAUGCGGAUGAUCCUGUACGGCACUUCCCCACAAGAGAUCAAGAGAUUGCAUCAACAGUACGGCGAAGUAGUCCGUAUCGCCCCCGACGAGCUUUCCUUCACGAAUGGAGAUGCCUGGAAGGCCAUUUACGGGACUCGUGUGGGUCACGGUCAGAAGUCUAAAGACUUUCGAUUCUAUGCACCCACCGUCAAUGGAGCUGCGAGUAUCAUUGUCUCCGGCGAUGCAGACCACUCUCGCUUUCGUCGCCUGCUGUCACACGCUUUCUCGGAUAACUCCUUGCGCCAACAAGAGCCCAUCAUCAAAGGCUAUGUUGACCUUCUGAUGCAACGUCUGCGUGAGAACAUCGCAUGUGGGAAAACGGCUGUUGACAUGGUUGCUUGGUACAACUUUACGACAUUCGAUAUCAUCGGGGAUCUGGCUUUUGGCGAGUCCUUUGACUGUCUGAAGAAUUCCACAUACCACCAAUGGAUCUCUAUCCUCUUCGGCAAUAUCAAAAUGAGCUCUUAUGCGAAUGUCGCGCGGCGUCUUCCUGGAUGGAAGCACAUUCUUGCAUUGAUCACUCCAAAGCAUGUCUUGUCUCAAAAAGAAGCACACAGUGCAUUGACCACGGAGAAAGUCAAAAAUCGACUAGGAAAAACUAACGAGAGACCGGAUUUCUUCGCCAAUAUCUUGAAGAACAACAAUACCGAGAAGGGCUUCAGCGUCCCGGAAAUGGUCACCAAUGGCAGUACCUUGAUCAUUGCCGGCUCGGAGACUACUGCGACUUUGCUUUCCGGGGUGACAUAUCUGUUGCUGAAAAACCCCCGCGUGCUUGCAAAACUUCAGGAUGAGAUUAGGUCUGCGUUUACAAGCGAGGCAGAGAUCACUCUUGAGAGCUGCAAUAAGCUGGAGUACUGCCUUGCCACGCUCACUGAGGCUAUGCGAGUAUAUCCUCCUGUUUCAGUUGGACUUCCACGUAUCGUCGAUGCUCAGGGCGAUAUGAUAGCCGGGAAUUGGGUCCCAGGAGGUACCAUCGUUUCCAUCCCUCAUUUGGCCGCGAGUCAUUCGCCUAUUAAUUAUACGGAUCCCGAGCAGUUUAUGCCAGAACGUCAUCUUGGUGAUAUUCGCUAUGAGAGCGACAGCAAGCUCGCUAUGCAGCCAUUUAGCUUCGGUCCAAGAAACUGUAUCGGACGAAACCUUGCAUAUGUUGAAAUGCGCAUCAUUCUCGCUCGUAUGAUCUUCAACUUUGACAUGGAGCUGGAGCAAUCAGAACAUGAUUGGCUGGAUCAGAAAUGCUUCGUGCUUUGGGAUAAGACUUCUCUUAUGGUGAAGUUGACUCUUAGAGCUUAA